ACGGCGGUGCGGCGCGCUGCCAUCCAUACCACACCGCACGACUUCGACCGCUCAAUCUAACACCACCCGAAAAAAUGAUUAGCCUCUGACUCUCAUCCCACCCAUCGUAACGAUGUGACCGUUUCGAUUUUAUUUGUCCGUUUUUUAUUUUGCGUUUCGGUUUGUGGACGAUGGAAAAUGACCUAACAAACACCGGCGGAUUGUCGCGGUUUUCGGUGGUUUUUGCUUUUUGUGUGCGUGCGUGUGUGUGUUAGUUAGUAGUAGUUUUAGUUGUGUUUAGGAUUUUAGUUGAUGGUUUUUCGCAAUCCGAUCAGAAAUUGCGACCUUGGCGAUUGUUUGGUACGGUCAAUGGGAACAUUUCCCGCUAAACACUGUCCAUAUUCCUGCAACGCGUCUGAAAUAAACACGGACGGAAAUAAAACGCGUGUGUUAUGGUCCAGUAGACCGCCAACCUCCACGUGGUUAGUGUUUCGCGUACACCUACGCGAACCAAGUCGUCGACUUCUUAUCAACCUUAUCAAUACCGAUGGGAAAACGUACAUGUGCUCGACAAUCAAUACACGAUAAUCAAUAGUAGUGCACGAUCAAUCAACUUAAAAGUAAAUAAUAAAAGAACCUGAAGAACUAAACAAGAAACAGCAGAUGCUUCAACAGGUGAUGCGAUGGUUGUUAUUCUGGUGAGGGGGUGAACCAACAGUCAACCUGGUCGGGGCUUGGAAGUGCUGCUUGCCUUGGUGCGGCGCGCCUGAAGGCAAGCCGGUUCCUCCAUCGCCACCGCUGCCGCCACUCGACUCGCCGCCGAGACCACGUCAACCGUCCCCGCAUUUACAAGACAUCGCCGAGGAGGAGGCCGAGUUCCUCAUCGACGGGGAGGAACAGGCCACUCUGCAGCCUCUGGGCGGUCGGCUUAGCUACAAGAAACGAAGAAAUGUGCAGUCACCGUCGCCGACACUAUCGGUGAAGGCGUCCAGAAAGGGACAGCGCACCAGGUCGGUGACCAGCACCACUUCAAGCGAAGCGUCCGCCGGCAGUAACAAGAUGCAGGCGGAACAAGGAUCGAUCGGGGAUCUACAGAAGUAUCACAACCGAUAUCUGAGGAACAGGAGACACACUUUAGCCAACGUUCGUUUCGACGUCGAAAAUGGAGCGAGCCCAGGUCGCAGCCCCUUGGACGGGGCAGCGUCCCCCUCCGCUGGCUUGGUGCUCCAGAAUCUCCCACAACGCAGGGAGAGCUUCCUCUACAGGUCCGACAGCGAUUUCGAAAUGUCCCCCAAGUCGAUGUCGCGGAAUUCAUCAAUAGCAAGCGAAAGAUUCAAGGAGACUGAAAGCAUUUUGGAAAGAUCCCAUGGUGAAGAUCUCAUUGUGACGCCGUUCGCACAAAUUCUUGCCAGUCUGAGGAGUGUUCGUAACAAUUUUCAAUGUCUCACCAACGUGCCCACCAACAAGUCCCGGCGUUCGUCGGGGGCCACGACGGCUGCGACGCCGCAAGCCAGAAACCUAAAUCCCGGAGACGAGGCUUACAUGAAAAUGGCAAUGGAAACAAUGGAGGAGCUCGACUGGUGUUUGGACCAAUUGGAGACGAUCCAGACCCACCGAUCAGUUUCCGACAUGGCUUCCCUCAAGUUCAAACGUAUGCUGAAUAAAGAACUCUCCCACUUUUCGGAAUCAAGCAAAUCUGGAAAUCAAAUUUCGGAAUACAUUUGUUCGACUUUCCUUGAUAAACAACAAGAGUUAGACAUCCCCUCACUGCGUCUAGAUGAAGAGAAGGAGCAGCCGAAGGGUGCGCAGCGCAAGGAGAAGCCGCGCGGCACCCACACUACCAUGUCCCAGAUUUCCGGGGUGAACAGGAAGCUGUGCCACACCAACUCCUUCACCGGCGAACGUCUCCCGAAUUUGGGCGUCGAAACGCCGUACGAAGACGAAUUGGGCAAGUGUCUGGGUGAGAUCGACAAAUGGGGUAUCGACAUUUUCCGCAUCGGAGAUCUGAGUAACGGUAGACCGUUAACAUGUGUCGCCUACACCACAUUCACUAGCAGAGAACUACUGAAGGCGAUGAUGAUACCGCCGAAGACCUUCAUCACGUUCAUGAUGACGCUGGAGGAUCACUACGUGAAGGACAAUCCCUUCCAUAAUUCGUUGCACGCCGCAGAUGUAACGCAGAGCACGCACGUGCUGCUCAACACACCGGCUUUGGAGUCGGUGUUCACGCCCCUGGAAGUGACCGCCGCUUUGUUCGCUGCAUGCGUCCAUGACGUAGACCAUCCCGGAUUGACAAAUCAGUUCUUAAUCAACUCCAGUUCCGAAUUGGCGCUGAUGUACAAUGACGAGAGCGUGCUAGAAAACCACCAUCUGGCCGUCGCCUUCAAACUUCUCUCAAAUGAAGGCUGCGACAUCUUCUGCAACCUCUCCAAGAAACAAAGACAGACUUUGCGUAAAAUGGUCAUAGACAUGGUACUGAGCACUGACAUGUCCAAACACAUGAGCUUACUCGCUGACCUGAAGACCAUGGUUGAGACCAAAAAAGUUGCCGGAUCCGGAGUGCUCCUACUCGACAACUACACGGACAGGAUCCAAGUGCUAGAGAACCUGGUGCACUGCGCCGACCUCAGCAACCCCACAAAACCAUUGGCAUUGUACAAACGCUGGGUCGAUUUGCUGAUGGAAGAAUUCUUCCAGCAAGGAGACAGGGAACGCGAGGCCAAAAUGGACAUUUCGCCGAUGUGCGAUCGAUUGUCAGCCACCAUCGAGAAGUCACAGGUCGGUUUCAUUGACUACAUCGUCCAUCCGUUGUGGGAAACAUGGGCCGAUCUGGUCCAUCCGGACGCGCAAGAUAUUUUAGAUACGUUGGAAGAGAACAGGGAUUGGUACCAGAGCGCGAUACCGCCCAGUCCGCCCGCCGAAGAGGCGCCUGACCCGCAACGACCGAGCGGUAUCAGGUUCCAGGUGACGUUGGAGGAGGGCGAGGCGGAGAGCGAGGCCGAGGCUCCGAUGUGACGGAGGCUGGUGGGCCUCUGCAGGAAGCUGACCGAAAAGGUGCAGCAGUGGUGGCGCGUCCGACAGUGAUUCGCUGGCCGACCUGUCGACGACUGUGUCCCGGCGCCACACCGCGCAGGCGCGGCAUUUGUUAUGUUUGCAUCGCUUGACUGAAUCUAAUUAAACAAAACAAAAAAAUUAAAUUAAUAAAUAAAAUAAUUGAGGGGCCGGUUGUGCGCGGCCCCGUUCCCCCCUUGCAGUUCCUGGGAGUGUACGUUUCACGUUCUGUUCUUCUGUUUUGGCCUUCUCUCCACCACGAAUAAUGGAUAAAAAACAACCCUUCUUCGUCAUGCCUUAAAGUAGGAAGACACAGCCCAAAAAAAAAUAUACUACUGACUAUACAUCUGUACAUAGUUCAUUAUAUCUGUCGGUGUAAUACUCAGAUCCCCCGCCCCCAUUAAAAAAUAAAAAAAACAAACCCCCGUGUAUGUAUAGGUACUAUGUGUCAUGUCAGCUAUGUUACACAAGUAAAGCUCUCUCCAUUUUA